AGUGUUCCAUAUUUUCAUUUAUGACGAGUUCUGUGUAAUUUUAAGGAGGCACGAACCUUCUGGGCCUUCUCUUUGUUGGUAACAAAGGCAGCCAUCGCUAACAGGGGCUUCAACUAGGGUUCUGGCUGCUCUCUAACAGCUCCACUGCUUUACAAGAAACAGUUCUCACUCUGCUCGUUCAUCAGGGUUCCGCUAAUAGCAGGGAUGGCAAAAGCUUUUGCGGAAACAGUGAAUCCAUAUGGUCGGAGUGGAGUUCGUAUUGUUGUUGCCGGAGACCGCGGCACUGGAAAAUCAAGCCUGAUCAUUACUGCUGCAGCUGAAACUUUUCCACCAAAUGUUCCCCCUGUUUUGCCUCCAACGAGGUUGCCGGAAGAUCUGUAUCCUGAUCGCGUACCCAUCACAAUUAUUGAUACACCUUCUCGUGCUGAGGAUAGUAAUAGAGUUGCUGAAGAAUUGAAACAGGCUGAUGCGGUUGUACUUACGUAUGCAUGUGAUCGGCCAGAGACACUUGAUAGAUUGAGUACAUUUUGGCUCCCACAUCUCCGUAAAUUGGAGGUAAAAGUCCCAGUUAUAGUGGUUGGUUGUAAGCUUGAUUUGAGAGAUGAUGAUCAGCAAGUCAGCUUGGAACAAGUGAUGUCACCAAUAAUGCAACAGUUUCGGGAAAUUGAAACGUGUAUUGAGUGUUCAGCGCUUAGGCAUAUCCAGGUACCUGAAGUUUUCUACUAUGCCCAGAAGGCUGUUCUUCAUCCAACCGCUCCAUUAUUUGAUCAAGAAUCACAAACUCUAAAGCCUCGAUGUGUACGGGCCCUGAAGCGAAUUUUUAUCCUAUGUGACCAUGACAGAGAUGGUGCCCUUAGUGAUGCUGAAUUAAAUGAUUUUCAGGUUAAAUGUUUCAAUGCUCCUUUGCAACCAUCUGAAAUCGUGGGUGUUAAGAAGGUUGUAGAAGAAAAAAUAGCUGAAGGUGUCAAUGAAAGAGGGCUUACUUUGACGGGAUUCCUAUUUCUUCAUGCCCUUUUUAUAGAAAAAGGGCGGCUUGAGACGACGUGGACUGUUCUCAGGAAGUUUGGAUAUAAUGAUGAUAUCAAGCUUGCUGAUGAGUUGAUUCCACCCUUGAAACUGGCUCCUGAUCAGAGUGUGGAGCUGACAACUGAGGCAAUUGAUUUUUUGAAGGGGAUCUUUGAUGCAUUUGAUGGGGAUGGCGAUGGGGUGCUUAGGCCUCGAGAAAUUGAAGAAUUAUUUUCAACUGCCCCAGAAAGUCCUUGGAUUGGAACACCAUAUGAGGACGCAGCAGAGAAAAAUGCAUUUGGAGGGCUGCCACUUGAUGCAUUUUUGUCACAGUGGGCACUUAUGACACGUUUGAACCCGAGAUUUAGUGUUGAGAAUUUGAUAUAUAUUGGCUACUCUGGUGAUCCGUCAUCUGCUAUUCGUUUGACAAAGAAGCGGCGCCAUGAUCGCAAGAAGCAGAAGUCAGAAAGAAACGUUUUGCAGUGCUUUGUUUUUGGGCCUAGGAAGGCUGGAAAAUCUGCUCUAUUGAAUUCUUUUAUUGGAAGGCCAUGUUCUGACAGUUAUAAUCCAACUACUGAGGAUCGUUAUGCAGUGAAUGUUGUUGACACUUCCAUGGGGAACAAAAAAUAUCUUAUAUUGAGAGAGAUUCCUGAAGAUGGGGUUCGAAAGCUGUUGGCCAACAAGGAGUCUUUGGCUGCUUGUGACAUAGCUGUUUUUGUCCAUGAUAGGUCUGAUGAGUCCUCAUGGAAGACAGCAUCUGAUCUCCUCGUAGAUAUUGCUGGUCAUGGUGAGGAUACUGGCUUCGAGGUGCCUUGCCUCAUUGUUGCUGCCAAGGACGAUCUGGAUUCAUUUUCAAUGGCCAUACAAGAGUCAACUAGGGUUAGUCAGGAUAUGGGAGUAGAGGCUCCCAUACCAAUCAGUGUAAAGUUAGGUGAUUUCAACAAUGUGUUUCGCCGAAUUGUAAUUGCUGCAGAGCACCCUCAUUUAAGCAUUCCUGAAACUGAUGCUGGGAGAAGUCGCAAGCAGUACCACCGCCUUAUGAAUCGUUCUCUUGUGUUUGUUUCUGUGGGAGCUGCAGUUGUCGUCGUUGGGCUGGCGGCAUAUCGCGUCUAUUCCGCUAGGAAGAAUGCAUCUGGUUAAAGAUGAAGUUUUAGCGAACUAGCCAAUUCAAUUAGGUCGACCUUCAUCCUGAUGUUCUUGGCAACCUUAGCCAGAUCCCUUGCAGAUUUUUUUUUUUUUUUCCUUUUUGCAUUUUGCUUAUUCUGAUUUCAUAGUUUUUUUGGGGUUGAUUUUGAUUCUUCAGGUUUAGGUUGCAGUUAGCAAAAUUAUACGUUCAAUCUUCUGUCUUGUUUUUCUUUUUCUUUCUUUUGGCUAUUUUUAGGCUCUCAUAUCAUGCAAGUAAUAAUUACACGGUUGAGCUGUGUUGUCAGUUACUAGAGAAUAUAAAACUUCCUCCGUGCCUAAAAUCCCUGCCUGCAAAAGCAUUUUUAUUUCUCUUUCAACUGGGAGCAUCUCUAAUUGGUGAGUUUCAUGUCAGGGCAUAUGAAGAAGCAAAGGAAAUAAUAGUAUUGCUUUUUGAUUUUUCC